CUUUGCAAUAUAUGGCUGCUAGCCUUCAUUGUACGAGAAGUGAAAAAAUAAUGGAAAACGAUGUGAGACAUACCUUCAGUAGGAUUUAAUCAACAGCGAUAUCUGAAAGAAAGUUGUUCCUUAUUUCUGUAAUACUAAACUAAUGACCGGCCACAAAAAUUAAAGAGCCAUUACGUCAUUAAAACAUGGAGCUGUUGGUCGUCUGGUUGGUGUCUGCUGCUGUUGGUGUCAUGCAGACGGCGGCGAGUCGGUACAGGUCAUGUCAAGAUGGCUGCUGUGUCCACGAGUACUGCGCCUACCACACAAUUUGCUACCCGAAAAUCCACUGUCGAUUCGGCUGUCCAGACGGCCACUGCGUGGGACAAAACAACACUUCCGGUGUCCAGAAAUCGCCGUUGGUGUUGUUUUCCAGACCAGGCCUUCAGACAGCAGGUGACCAGCGUCUAGACAGCAGCCCCAGGCUGUCUGAUAUCAUAACAGAACGCUACACCUACAACGAUCGCGUCAGAGCCAUGCGCGCUGACGACCCGGAAACAAAACAUUCGAGCUCUCCAACAGGGGAGGUAAAAGAGGACGCACCGGAAGGGAUUUGCAUGCCCCUGACGCCGUGUAAACCAAACGACUACUGCGGAAUGGCCCACAGCUGUACCUACAACUACAACCUUGGCUACAACACGUGUCAGUAUAACCUUGACAUUGGAUCAACGCUCUGUGUCGACAGUAAAGGUAAACCCAACCGGAAGCCCAUGAACUGAACCUAACUACUUAAACUCCACCAAAUUGUGCCCUUGUGUCCGUGCUAGAAAUUUUAAAAUCUUAUAAAACAACAUCUGAUAGCUUUACUUGAAUGUCGUGCGACUUUACAAGCCUAUCAUAGACAAGAUAUGAAACUAUUUUCAACACAAAAUAAAACAAGAACAACGCAAGAAAGAAAAACAACAAGCUUCAUGAAUGGAGCACUUUACUGCCUUUACAUCAAAAAACGUUGCGUGAUGACAAUGACACAACAGUUGCAGCUAAAGCUACGCUACUAGCUGUGUUGUUGUUUCGAUUAAAACACACACAGGCAAUGAACCGUGUGUGGUAGAAAGUGUGGGGGAAAAACAUGGAAUUCUGGUCUCUGUAGACCACAUGAGACAUGUCUUCGUGACCUGAGAUGAUUUAUUUUCUUGGACCACAAUUGUUUGGAUACGUUGAAUGUAUAGACAUUUUCUAUAUAGACAUUUAUAUAUCAUAUAAAUCAAACAUUUGACACUUGAUUCUUAUUGAUUUUAUAUUGAUACGAUUUCUAUGGCUAUUGAACAGUUAGCGAAUGGUCGAUCCAUUCAACGUGUCAUUAUUUGUGCUGCGUAAAUAUCGUCGGAAGAAGGGGAGGCCUGAAAUAAAAAUUUCUCUUUUUCUUUCAAAAGCUGACCAAAUUAAAACGUGGUCGGUAUUUAAUUUGUAUCACAUUUCUACACAAUAGUUAUCUUGACUGGGUUAUAUCAAGCAACUUUAACAAUCAUGAGAAAAAGUUACAGAUGUUAACCCUGCACUUCCACGAUCACGUGACCCACUAGCCACGUGACCUCACAAGCCACGUGACCUCACUAGCCACGUGACCUCGCUAGUCACGUGACCUCACUAGCCACACGACCUCUCUAAUUACGUGACCUCACAAGCUACAUGACCUAGCCAGCAUGUUGUGAAAUUCAAGCCUUUGGACCAAAACAAAAUGGCGAUGUAUUUUAGCCAGCAACAACCCGGAUUGACAGGGUGAGGUCAAAGGUCAAGUAAAAAUGAGAUCAGCCUCCUGUCUAUGUCACGUGUCUGCGUGAAACAGCCGGAAAUGACGCCGCAACGAAGCCCGUUAUUAUCAUUGGAUACAAAUCUUGUAGAUAAAAGCAACUAGAUGGGAGGGGAGUGAUUGCUUUUAGG